GGAAAAACACGGCAGGCUGAAGAUGCGAAUGCAACGUGAUGCAUAAUGCUUUAUAUACUUGAAUGCGUCACGCAUUGUGAGUGCGUUUUGAAAAUGCGCCGUCGAAUGUCGCCAUAGUUUUUUUUUGUGACAUGUGAUACUUGGCUGGACUUUGGAAAUCAUUUCUCACUGAAAAGCUGAUACCAUUUUAUAGUUCUGGUUGUGCUGGUUUCAUUUGGAUUUAGUAAUCUCCACCCACAGCCUCGUUUCGUGCCAAUAACUGUUUCGCAUGGCCAAAUGCUCAAGUAGUGCAAAUUAACGACUCUGCUCGAGGAAGUGAAAGAAAUUUAAUUAUAUCUACCAGGAAGUUAUCCAACCUUAAACUCCUCUUGGGAAAGACGCUUUGAAGCAAUAGAGAAGGAGAGUGUAUGCACCAUUUACAACUUUAGUGAAAUAUAGGCUCGCCAAACGACGACGACGACAACGGGCAGCGAGAGAGAACCCCUGCUUUGAUGCAUAUUAUUGCAAACACACGCCGCAACGAUGUUGGGCUAUCUCGCUUCAUCAUUGUUAGUUAUAAGCACCAUCUACUGGAUCGAUCCCAGUAGCGCCGGGCCGCUCGACGCCCUGAGCUGGGCCCGUAUGGAUAACAUCAAUCUACCUUGGUUGCCAUCAACUAUCCAAGACGAUUUUCUCGUACUUUCCAAAUGGGUGACAGUAGCAAUCGAUACCAUACCAGAAAUAAUGCCACGCAAUUCCCCCUUUUCCCAUUCAGAUGAAAACAUGACCCGUUGCUACGGGGAGCUGGGCUGUCUGAACAUCACCAAAGAAUGGUACCACCUGAUCUUCCGACCGUUCAACGUGUUCCCACUGCCACGGAGUGUGAUCAACACCCGGUUCAUUCUGUACACGGAGAAGAACCCAACGGAUGGCCAGCUGCUCCAGGCCGAAACGAAGGAGACCAUCAUGAAGAGCCAGUUCCGCUCCGAAUGGGACACCAAGUUCAUCAUCCACGGGUUUAUUGAUACCCCGCUGUCCAACUGGGUGUCGGAGAUGCGUGACGAACUGAUCACGCGCGGUGGUCUCAACGUGAUAGUUGUGGACUGGGCCGGUGGAUCACUGCCUCUCUACACGCAAGCCACGGCAAACACUAGACUGGUAGGAUUAGAGAUAGCGUAUCUGAUCAAGAAAUUGGCGGAAUACAAAGGACUCAGACCGGAAGACGUUCAUCUCAUUGGGCACUCAUUGGGUGCACAUACUGCAGGGUACGCUGCCGAAAGAAUUCCAGGUUUGGGAAGAAUUACAGGGCUAGAUCCAGCUGAACCAUAUUUCCAGGGGAUGGACCCAAUUGUAAGGCUUGACCCUUCGGACGCCGCUCUGGUGGACGUGAUCCAUACGGAUGGUCGUAGUGUGUUCCGGCUGGAAAUACCGGGGUACGGAAUGUCCCACACAUGCGGACAUUUGGACUUCUAUCCGAAUAACGGUAAAGAACAACCGGGCUGUGCCCUCUCGCAAGAAGGAGCUGCCACCAUUCCGCUAACGCUGAUCAAAGACGGUAUAGAGGAGGCGUCCCGUGUUCUCCUAGCUUGUAAUCACAUUAGAGCCAUUAAAUUAUUUAUCGAUAGUAUUAACGGAAAAUGUCCGUAUGUAGCCCAUCGCUGCCCUUCCUAUCAGCACUUCCUGAGUGGGAACUGCUUCAAAUGCACUUCCGGAAACUGCGCCCUGAUGGGCUACCAUGCGUCGCUUCCAAUCACAACCACCAAACAGAACAUUUCAGAGAACGAUAUUGCCGUCGGCUCAUCGAUCCCGGUGGCACCCCAACCGGGCAAGUACUUCCUAGCUACAGGACGCGAUUUCCCCUUUUGUCAGCGUCACUACCGGUUCACGAUCGAGCUUGCCAAGCCAAAAUCGGCCGAACAGUGGGUCCAGGGUCACCUAACGGCGGGAAUUUUCUCCGAGCGAGGAGCGAUCCGAAGUAUGGAUCUCACGCCGAAGGGUACGGCGCGGAUCGAGCACGGAACCGUCUACCAGGUAGUGGUGACCAAUCCACAUGAUCUGGGCGAUCGCAUUCGAAAGGUGGAAUUGUCCUGGGCGCAUGACAUGAACGUGUUAGAGCCGACCACGCUGUGCCUAUUUUGGUGCAACAAUCACCUCUACGUCAAAUCGAUUCAGGUCGAAACUAUGCAGAUGCCAUCUCGAGAGAAGCGCAACACCGAAUAUUCAAACAAGCUGUGCGCUCCGAAGCGCGAGUUUGCCGACAUUGCCAGCCGUGGUUCGUACUCUUUCUACGACAACUGUAAACGAUGAAACGGAAGUUUUACUGGUUUUGCUGAUACCGUUGAAAUACUCUCGUGAAGUUUGAGCGUUAUACAUAGCUAGAGAAACCUAUCGACGCUUUCCCCGAUUAGAACCCGUUGCAGCAGAGAUACAUAUAUGGAAGAAUUCAAUGUUGCUGUUGUACGGAUCGGUUAUCCAUAAUAAUUAUUUUUUUGAUCGAUCGAGAGGCACACUUAUCGAAAUUCUUAUUCAGUUCGUACAAAAUGUGUUUCCGUCUAAUCGUAGAAUUUCAUGUCGUAGGAGAAAAAGCUUCAUAUGUGAUUUUAAGUGCGUUUAUAUACUUUUUCCUCUGAAUUGAAUGGCUGAUGCAAUUGAAUGAAUGGACAGAAACGUGACAGGCAUGAUUGAAUUUUGAAUGAAUGCAGAUUUGUUGAGAAAGGAAAGUCAUUUAUUUUUGUCUAGUUAAGAAUCGAAUACAAGUACCAUAAAACCACGUGUUCCCUACAAGCAUAUUCAAUUGUACAAAUUUCUUCAUAGAACAAUUUAAACAAAAACGUAACUAUUUCCCGCGUGCUUUUAUCAUACUUUGUAAACAAACGGUUGAUUAUUUAGAAGUUAUAAGAAUAUUUCUAUGAAAUUUAUUUACUCCAUUGUCUUGAAACUUGAAAAAUUUACCUGUUGUUAUGGUUAAAUUUUCAUUUCUAAAUUCUUAGCUUUUACUGUUUCUGUAGAGAAGAAAAUCAUUCUUGAUCCUGUCUAGUGGAAUGUCCUCAACUGUCCAUAAGACGAAUUAGAGCUUUCACACUGAAUUCCAUUACUGGAUUAUGAACCAGCAAUCAGCAUCAUAUAGCUAAAUGGUAAGGCCGGCAUUAAUGUGUCGAAUUCGACUCAACCAAGUACGAUGCAUAGAAGAUGGUCUUUAAAGUCAAUGUCAAACAACGAGUCAGUAGAAUUACAAUCCGGUAAUGGAAUUAUAUAAAAAGUAAUAACUCAUCUUAUUGAAAGGCUGUUUCUAUAGUUGCGAGGUGAUAGUAAUGAAAGCUUUCAACAACAACUUUGAAGUUUGAUUAUGCAUAACAAAAUUUAUUUGCGAUCUACUUUAUAAAAUCAGACACUUUUCUACAUUCCUUAGAAUAAACGCUAAGAUAUGUGAUACAUUCUUCAAAUAAAUUAUAAAAUCAGA